GCGGCCCGUGUGAGGGAGCCCGGCACAAAAUGGCGGCGGGGGGGCGGGCGCUGCGCUCGGGGGGGGCCGGGCAGUGACCGCGCCGCCGCCGCCGCCGCUCCGGGGUUAACGGCGCUUGGGCCGCCAGCGGGGCCGCGCCCGAACGAGCGGGCUCGGGGCGGCGCCGCGCCCGCCGCUUCACCUCAACGCAGCGCCAGGCCCCGCCGCGCAGGCCCCGCUGAGGCGCCGCCGCCGCGCAGGCCCCGUCGGGGCCGUGAGGGGAGCGGGAGCCCCCGCGCCGCCGCCGCCGCCGUGUGAGCGGCUCGGGUGGGCGAGCAGCGCGGGAAGAUGGCGGCGGGCGGCGGAGGCGGUGGCCGGGCCUCCUCCUCCUCGGCCGCCGCCUCCUCGUCGGCCGGCGCGCUGGAGGCCUCGCUCGACAGGAAACUGCAGGCGGUGACCAACACCAUGGAGUCCAUCCAGGGCCUCUCCUCCUGGUGCCUGGAGAACAAGCGGCACCACAGCACCAUCGUGUACCACUGGAUGAAGUGGCUGCGGCGCUCGGCUUUUCCCCACCGGCUGAACCUCUUCUACCUGGCCAACGACGUGAUCCAGAACUGCAAGCGCAAGAACGCCAUCGUGUUCCGCGACACCUUCGCCGAGGUGCUGCCCGAGGCCGCCUCCCUCGUCAAGGAUCCCUCCGUGUCCAAAUCUAUCGAAAGAAUCUUCAAAAUCUGGGAGGACAGGAACGUGUACCCCGAGGAAACCAUUCUGGCGCUGAAGGAAGCUCUGAGUACCACUUUCAAAACUCAGAAGCAGCUGAAAGAAUCUCUGAACAAACAACCGAACAAACCGUGGAAGAAAUCGCAAACAUCCACGAACCCGAAAGCCGCUUUGAAAUCCAAGAUCGUUGCUGAGUUCAGACCGCAGUCGCUGAUCGACGAGCUGCUGCUGUACAAGCGCUCGGAGGAUCAGAUCGAGCUGAAGGAGAAGCAGCUCUCGACCAUGAGGGUGGACGUGUGCAGCACCGAGACGCUCAAGUGUCUCAAAGACAAAACGGGGGGCAAGAAGUUCUCCAAGGAGUUUGAGGAGGCGAGUUCGAAGCUGGAGGAGUUUGUGAACGGGCUGGACAAGCAGGUGAAGAACGGCCCCUCGCUCACCGAGGCGCUGGAGAACGCCGGCAUCUUCUACGAGGCGCAGUACAAGGAGGUCAAGGUGGUCGCCAACGCUUAUAAAACGUUCGCUAAUCGAGUGAGCAACCUGAAGAAGAAGCUGGACCAGCUGAAGGCGACGCUGCCCGACCCCGAGGAGUCCCCGGUGCCGUCCCCCAGCAUGGACGCCCCGUCCCCCACCGGCUCCGAGUCCCCGUUCCAGGGCAUGGGGGACGAGGACGGGUCCCGCUCGCCCGCCAGCCGCAAGGCGACGGCUCCGGAGCCCGUGACCGACAACCGCGACGUGGAGGACAUGGAGCUCUCGGACGUGGAGGACGACACGGCAAAAAUUAUCGUGGAGGAGCGGAAGGAGAAGCAGGCGGCUCCAGCGCCCGCGAAGACCGAAAGUGUCCCCAAAACGGCACCGUCUACCAUGGCGGGCACGGCCGCGGUGACGGCGACGCCGCCAGUGACAGUGACUCCCGUGGCUCCCAAGGCGGUGAGCGCAGCGCCCGUCGCUCCAUCCCCUGCGCUCGCCUUGCCCAACCUGGCCAACGUGGACCUGGCCAAGAUCAGCUCCAUCCUCAGCAGCCUGACGUCCGUCAUGAAGAACACAGGUGUCAGUCCCGCCUCAAGACCUUCUCCAGGCACCCCCAGCAGCCCCACGGCCCUGAGCGGCCUGAAGCCUCCCGCGCUGGGCACCCCGGCUGCUCCCUCCAACCCGUUAGCCAAUAUUCUCUCCAAAGUGGAAAUAACUCCCGAAAGCAUCUUGUCCGCGCUCUCCAAAACGCAGACUCAGACGGCGCCGGCGUUGCAAGGUUUGUCAUCGUUACUUCAGAGCGUGGCCGGAAACACCGUCCAGCCCGGCGACACGGCCUCGCAAAGCACCGCGGCGUCGCCGGCCAGCGCCAAGGCCCGGAGCGUCCCCGCCAGCGCGCCGCCCUUCGCUCCCAAAACCUUCGGUUAUUCCCCCAACUCCUCGGGCGCCGAGGUUCCCUCCGCGGUGAACAAAGCCCCGGCCGGACACCCCCCGGGGCUCUCAGGCUCCGGUUUUAAGCCGCCGACUAAUUCCCUGGGCUUUCCCGCUUCCCACCCGCCCGGCUCCUCGUCCCUUUUGCCAACAGAAACCUCGCUGGCGCAGCCCUCGGAAAUCCCCAAACCCAAGCUGGAGUCCGAGCCCCCGUCCCCCAGCCUGGAGAUGAAGAUCCACAACUUCCUGAAGGGCAAUCCCGGUUUUAGCGGCCUGAACUUAAACAUCCCCAUCCUCAGCAGCCUGGGCUCCGGCGUCGCCGCCGAAAGUCACCCCUCGGACUUCCAGCGCGCUCCCGCCGCCAUGGACAACGUGGACGGCACGCCGGUGCGGGACGAGCGCAGCGGGACGCCCACGCAGGACGAGAUGAUGGACAAACCCGCCUCGGGCAGCGUCGACACCAUCUCCCUCCUCUCCAAAAUCAUGAGCCCCGGGUCCUCCACGCCCAGCAGCACCCGCUCGCCGCUCCAGAGCCGCGACGACGGGUACUCCCAAGAGAUCCCCAACUCGGUGCACGCGUACCGGCCCUUCGGGCUCGGCCGGGAGUCGCCGGCCGCGCUGUACAAGCCGCCCGCGGACAGCGGGGAGAUGAACUCCUCCCUGAUGGACUCCUCGCAGGAGAAAUUCUACCCGGACGCGUCUUUUCAAGAAGACGAAGAUUACCGCGAUUUCGAUUACUCGGGGCCGCCGCCGUCGGCCAUGCUGAACCUGGAGAAAAAGCCCGCCAAAUCCAUCUUGAAGUCCAGCAAACUCUCGGAAGCGGCCGAGUACCAGCCGGUGCUGCCCAGCUACGGGCAGAGAUCGCAGGAGUUCGGUGUGAAAUCGUCCUUCCCGCCGGCCAUGAGGUCGAUUCUGGAGCAGAGCGAGAGCUGCGACGCGUUGGCCGCGUCCCCGGGGAUCUACGGGGGUUACGGCCUCCGGGCCGGCGACUCCGCCCCGGACGAUUCCCCCUCCCCCGGAAAGAACGAGGUGUUUUUCGCCGCCAACUCCAAUCACACCAAUUUACCCAAACCCGUGGUGCACUCGGGGCUGGCGCAGAAGCAAUACCCGGACUCGCCGCACUCGCUGCCGCACCGCUCGCUCUUCUCAUCGCAGAACGCCCUUUCCAGCCCGGCGGGGAGAGCUCCGGACGCCCCCAAACCUUUGGCUUCUUCCAUUUCCGCCACCUCCACCAUGGAAUUCAAGAACAUGCUCAAAAACGCUUCCCGCAAACCCUCCGACGAGAAGCAUUUCGGGCAAAUCCCCAAAAGCGGCUCGGCCGAGGGGGUGAGUUUGGCCAAGGGGGGGGACGCGCAGCCGCAGGAGGAGCGUUACCGCAUCGAGACGCGCGUCUCCUCCUCCUGCCUGGACCUGCCCGACAGCGCCGAGGAGAAGGGGGCCCCCAUCGAGACCCUGGGGUACCACAACGCCGCCCCGAGCCGGGGGGGCAUGUCGGGGGAGCCCAUCCAGACCGUGGAAUCCAUCCGCGUUUUGGGGAAGAACAACCGCGGGCACGGGCGCGACGCGGCGCGCUCCGCCGGCUGGUUCGAGGUGGGCGCCGGCGGGGGCGGCGCGUUCGAUAACGGCCCCUCGGGGAGCGCGGAGCUGCCCGGGAUGGGGGGGUUCCCCCCGCACGUCCCCCCGCCUCCCGCCUUCCAGGAGAGCGUCAACAACUUCCGCGGCAAGAACUUCACGCCGGCGUUCGAGCACCGCAUCCCGCCGCCCCCCCUGGAGCACGGGGCGCCCUUCCCGCGCGACGCGGGGGUCCCCGCCGCCCCCGUGCCCCCCCCGCCGCCGCCCGCGCCCCCCAAGGACCACGGCAGCCUGUUCCCCCGGGAGCACCCGCUGCCCCCUCCCCGCAUGGAUCACGCCAACCCCUUCUCCAAGGACGCCCCCCUGCCCCACGCCGUGCCCCCCCCUCCCACUGUGGAGCACCCCGGGGUCCCCUUCCCCGCCCCCCCACCGCCCCCCAUCCCUGGGGACCACUCAGCCGUCCCCUUCCCCACCCAGCCCCCCCCGACCGGGGACCACCCGGGGGUCCCCUUCCCCGCGCCCCCCCCCAUGGACCCAACCAUCCACCAAGGGACGCUGAAGGAGCAUUUCCCCGGACACCCCCGCGACGCGGCCCCCCCGCGGGACCACCCCCCACCCGUGGGGCUGGCCCCGCCCUUGGGGACCCCCCAAAGGGCGCUGGGACCCCCUCCCACCGCUCACAGGGACGGGGGGGCCCGCGGGGCGCUGGGCCGACCCCCCCGCGCCGAGUUCCGGCCCCGCGAGCCCUUCGGCAGCAGAGACCCCUUCCCCGGGCUCAAGAGGCCCCGGCCGCCCUUCCCCCGCGGCUCCCCCUUUUUCGCCCCUAAACGCCCCUUUUUCCCCCCAAGGUACUGAGGCGGCCGCGCUGGGGGGGCUGCCCGGGGGCAUCUUCCUUCUGGAUUUUGCCCCUCCAGAGCCCCACCCCCUUCUCCUAAAUUAAAUAUUCAGUCAGGGUUUCGUUGUUGUUGCUUUUUUCAGUUUUCUUUCAGUCUUUUUUUCUUCUUUUUUUUUCUUUUUCUACCUUUCUUCCCUUUUCCUUUCUUCCCUUUUCCCCUUUAUUUAGUCCCUUGUAUUUUUUGUUUGGGUUUUUGUUUGUUUUUCUUUUACUCUUUAUCCCCCCCGCACCCAUUUCAGUGCCAGACUAGCAAAAAAAAGAUGUUUUAAUGGAAAAAAAUUGAAAUAAACCCUUCCAGCUCUAGUUUAAGGAAAAGAAAUAUUAAAAAACCAACAAAAAACC